AUGGUGCCAGUGGGAGCAAAGGUCACGGAGUGCCUGUGGCAGGCUAGAGGCUGCAAGGUGUGCUCCUCCAACCAAGAGGCCUGUAGACGCACUGGAAAGAAUCACGAUUCAGGGAUAAAUAAAUACAGCCAGGUUUUCGGACGCCGAAUUUUCCGUGUUCAUCAUACACACAGCUCUACUGCAGAGGUGGUCAAUGUACCUAAAACCCAAAGAACUUUCUGUAAGAAGUGUGGCAAGCACCAACCUCACAAAGUGAUGCAGUAUAAGAAUGGCAAGGAUUCUCUGUAUGCCCAGGGGAAGGGGCACUAUGAUCGGAAGCAGAGUGGCUAUGGUGGGCAGACAAAGCCAAUUUUCCAGAAGAAGGCCAAGACUACAAAGAAGAUUGUACUAAGGCUGGAAUGUGUUGAGCCUAACUGCAGAUCCAAGAGGAUGCUGGCCAUUAAGAGAUGCAAGCAUUUUGAACUGGGAGGAGACAAAAAAAGAAAGGGCCAAGUGAUCCAGUUCUGA